AUGGGGUUAAUCUAUCCCGGAGAACGUUUGGCCUCCCAGCGGGACGCAGUGAAAACAGGGGCUGCCAAACAUCCGGGCGUUACGGGUCUCGCAGGUGGCCUCGAGGGGGCGGGGGAGGGUCUGCCUCGGCCCUCCCCUCCCUGCGAGGGUCCCACGCUGUCGGCCCGCAGGUUCCCUAGGGCGCGCGGCCCGAAGCAGCCCCCGCAGAGAGCUCGAGGGCUCGGCCCGGGAGCCCCUGCCGCCCCCGGGGACCCCGCAGCCCUCCGCGCCGGCCGCAGCUCGAGCCCAGCGGUGCGGAGAGGUGGGAGGCUGGAGCCUGCUGAGGUCAUUUCCUGUGCCUGUCCGCGAGCCCAGCCCGGCGCUCUGCCUUUAAGGAGCGGGAGGGGAGCCGGGGGCGGAGGGAGCCCGGCCCGGGCGCUGAAUGGGGCGCUCGGAGGCACGGCCGAGCUUUGUGCAGCGAGCCUGCGGGCAGCCCUACGGCUCCAGCCUCUCCCCGCCCCGCCCACCGCGACCCCUGCUGCCGGGGAGCGGAGACCCGGCGGCCGCUCGGGACGCCGGCGGGAGCGACGCAAGGUCAGCGGCGGCGGCGGCGGCGCGCCCAGGGCGCGCGUGAGCCCGGUGCGCGGCGGGGACGCACGCGAGCUCGCGGAAGGCCUCCCUGGAACAUCCAGAAGUUGUUUCCAUCAUGGCGGAAGUCAAGGUGGAGUCGCGGGCUAGCGUGGACUGGCAGAAACGCUGCCUGGCCUUGGAAACACAGCUUUUCCGGUUCCGCCUACAGGCCAGCAAGAUCAGGGAGCUGCUGGCUGAC